GGUGGGGGAGAGAAUCUGCGUGUGAGAGCCCCUUCGAACCCAUUCAGCUUGGUGCUUGAUGCGAGGCACGCCGGGCACUUCUGGCAGCGAGAAGCUGUGCCUUCUAGAAUGACUUGCUGGUUUUCUUGUGCAACUAAAGACACACUGAAUACAGACUGGAACAAGUAUGAUGACAGGUUAAUGAAAGCAGCUGAAAGGGGUGAUGUGGAAAAGGUUUCAUCAAUCCUUGCCAAAAAAGGAGUCAGUCCCGCUAAGCUGGAUGUGGAAGGGAGGUCUGCAUUCCAUGUUGUAGCAUCAAAGGGAAACCUGGAUUGCUUGAACACCAUCCUUAUUCACGGAGUUGAUAUCACAGCCACUGAUGCUGCAGGUAGAAACGCAUUGCACCUAGCUGCAAAAUAUGGACAUGCUUUGUGUCUGCAAAAGCUGUUGCAGUACAACUGUCCAACAGAGAAUGUGGAUCUUCAAGGAAGAACUGCUCUUCAUGAUGCAGCUAUGUCAGACUGCUCCUCUAGCAUACAGCUCCUUUGUGACCAUGGGGCCUCAGUGAAUGCAAAGGACGGAGAUGGGAGGACACCACUGGUGCUGGCCACUCAGAUGUGUCGCCCCACAGUUUGCCAGCUUCUUAUAGACAGAGGAGCGGACGUUAAUGCCAGGGACAAACAAAACAGGACUGCCCUAAUGUUAGGCUGUGAAUAUGGCUGCAAGGACGCGGUAGAAGUUUUGCUCAAAAAUGGUGCGGAUGUUAGUUUGGUUGAUGGCCUUGGUCAUGACUGUGCUUACUAUGCCAGAAUUGGUGACAAUAUUGACAUUUUGGCUUUAAUAAAAGCUGCCGUUGAGGAUUCCAGCAAAGCAAGAGAUAGCAUGAAGAGAGGGCAGCCUGAACAAAAGAUGAACAACAUGUCACAAAAGUGGAAUCGGCUGCAUGCACAGGAAGAGGUGAAUGUCAAGCUGUAUCAGAAGGAACAUAACGCUCAGGAAUUGGAAUUAGAAAAUCAAGACUUGAAGGAUCGAAUGAGAGAAGUGCAAGAGGAGCAAAGGAUGUUGCUGGAUAGAAUCAGUGGGCUUCAACUGCAGUUAAAUGAGGAACAAAUGUUUGCAGAUGAUCUUGAAAAUGAGAAAGAUGAGUUGAAGAGAAUCCUGACUACCAAGGAAAAACAGCAAGAAGAAAGCUUAAGAACCAUUGAAGCUCUGAAAGCUAAACUCAAAUAUUAUGAAGUUGACUUAGUGGGAUCUGGAAGUAACUUCAGUAACAGAAAAGAAGAUUUACUUAAGCAAGGUCAAGUGUUUGCUGUGGAAUCACAGUCUAGGUCUAUGCUGAGACCCCUGGAGCUGUCCCUGCCUCACCAAUCACCCAAUCCAGAGAGAGAAACUUUAAAGAAAGAACUUGACAACAUGAGGACUUGCUAUGGUGCAGCAAAAGAAGAAAUAAGCAAAUUGCAGAGAGAACUGUCUCACAAGGUAUCUGAAUGUAAGGCUUUGGCAUCAGAGUGUGAAAGAACCAAGGAGGAAUCUGAUGGACAGAUAAAACAAUUGGAAGAUGCUUUAAAAGAUGUACAGAAGAGAAUGUUUGACUCGGAAGGCAAAGUUAAGCAAAUGCAGACCCACUUUCUUGCUCUGAAAGAUCACCUGACUAAUGAAGCUGCUUCAGGAAACAGUAAGCUAACAGAGGAACUGAAGGAUCAGUUGAAAGAGAUGAAAACAAAGUACGAAGGAGCCUCUGCUGAAGUGGGUAAGCUGAGGAACCAGAUUAAGCAGAAUGAAUUGCUAGUGGCAGAAUUCAAGAGAGAUGAAGGAAGGCUGGUGGAAGAAAAUAAAAGGUUGCAGAAGGAACUUGUUAAGUUGGAGAUGGAGCGAGAUAAAAGGGAAAGAAGUGUCACGGAGUUAGAAGGGCAGCUCAAAGAAACGGCAGCAAAGUUAGCCCACUCUGUAACUUCAGAGAAAUUUGAAAACAUGAGGAGUUUGCUGUCAAAUGAAGUGAAUGAGAAAGCAAGGAAGUUAGCAGAGAUUGAGGGAGAGCGCGAAAAACUGCAGGCGGAGAUUUGGGUUUUGAAAAGGGAAUCUGAAAGUCAGAAGGCUAAACUUGCUCAGCACGUAAAGCCAGAAGAUCAUGAACAAAUGAGGAGUGGCUUUGAGCAAAAAAAUGAGGAACUGGAGAAAAGAAUUUCUGAAUUGUCGCAGAAGAAUCAGGGUCUGCAGAAGGAACUUGAAAGAUUUCAAACUGAUAACAAGAUGCUUAAGCAACAAAUCCAAGUAUUAAAAACUGAAAUUAAAAGCCAGAAUGUGCCUUUAAAAAUUCAUGAAGAACUGAAAAAAACAAGUGAUGUGACUGUUGGUGAUCUGACCAAAAAGCUUUUUGAAAUAACAAAGAAGUAUAAUGAAAGCAAAGCAGAAGCUGAGCAUUUGCUGGCAGAGAAGAACAGCUUAAGUGAGAACAUCAACCACUUGCAAGCUGUGUACCUGUCUCCAGAGCAGCACAAAGAAGAAAUGGAAGCUUUAAAAUCUAAUGGUGUUGAGCUUGAAAAGCAGCUUGCCAAGCUUCAGAAAAAAUACGAUGAUGAACAAGAAAAAAUGUGCAAACUAGUGUCUGAAAACACAGCCAUGAGAGAGUCUCUGAAGGAUCAGUAUGUUUUGGCUACAACGCAUGAAGAGAUUAAAACUGUUUUGAGUAACGCGCUAGAAAAGACUAAUAAGGAGUUGUCAGAUCUAAAGGAAAAAAACGAGGAGAGAAAGCAAGAAUUUAUGAGAGUAGAUAAAGAAAAUGGGGCUUUGAAAGAUAGGGUGGAACUUCUGCAGAUCCAAUUACAAACCGAAUGUAUAAGUUUAAAAGAUCACGAAGCUAAAGUGACUACUUUAAACAACAGGAUAGGAGAGCUUCAGGAAAACAAUGUUGCAAUUACUGCUGAAUAUAAGAGGAGUCGGGAAGAGAUUUUGCAGUUACAUGGGGAAAUUGAAGCCCAAAAGAAGGAACUUGACACAAUUCAAGAAUGCAUUAAGUCAAAAUAUGCCCCAGUUGCCUCCUUUGAAGACAGAGAACAAAGCUUUGAAGCCACGGUGAAAGAAUUAAAAGCACAGUUGCAGGAACAGAUGCAGAAGUGCAAAGAAAGUGAGGAGGGAACUAGGAAGUGCAAAGAGGAGAAUGAAAAGCUCAAAAAAGGCAUUUUGUCCAUCCAGAAUGACUUGCAACAGAACUAUGUCCUUGCUGAGAAGUGCCAUGACAUGGAAAAGAUGUUUGCAAGCAAAAUGGAAGAGCUGAAUAAGCAAUUGAGAGAAAUGCUGCAGAAAUAUGCAGGCAAAAAAGAUGAGAAAGAUGAGCUGAAAGAGAGCAGCAAGCAGACCGUGGCUAUGCAGGCUCCUGUGGGUGGUCAGCAUCUGUCUGAGGAGCAAAUUGAUGUGUUGAAGAAGACUCUUGGGCACACUGUAGAGGAUCUGAAGGAAGCCCUCAGAAGUAAGAAGGAAUGUUAUGAUAAAGAGAUGCUGAAAGUAGGAGAACUGCAGCAGGAAUUGCUGGAUCUGAAGAAUUCUUCAGUACCUUUGGUAGAAUAUACAAAAAUGAAAGAAAUGCUAGAACGAGAAAUCCUGGCAACCAAAAGCAGUUUGAAAGAGAAGGAAGGAGAAAACCAAGUUAAAAGUGAGGAAAUCUUGAAGUUGCAGGCUGAGAUUCAGCUUAAUCAACAAGCUCUAAGAGACCUGGAGAGCAAAGAAGUGAUUGACAUGUCAGAAUACAACUCCAUGAAAAGUGCUCUGGAAGCCCAAAUUAAUACCAUAGCUGAAAACUUGUCCACUGUAAAUAAAAAGUAUGAGGAGGCAUGCGAGGAGGCUUUGCAAGCUAAAAAGAGCGAGCGCUCUUUAAGAGAUGAAAAGGAAUUGCUUCAAUUGCGGAGCUGCAGUAUUGAGCAAGAAAUUAAAGACCAGAAAGAAAGGUGUGAUAAAUCACUGACGACAAUUAUUGACUUGCAGAAGAGAAUACAGGAGUCUGCAAAGCAGGUGGAAGCCAAGGAUAACAAGAUAACAGAGCUGCUUAAUGAUGUGGAACGAUUAAAACAAGCUCUUAAUGGCUUGUCUCAGCUUACCUACACCAGUGGGAUUCCGGCAAAGAAGCAGAACCAGCAGGUAGAAAUGCUCCAGAACCAAGUAAAAACACUGCAACAACAGCUAGCUGAUGCUCAAAGGCAGCACCAAGAGGUAGUCUCAGUUUAUCGGACGCAUCUUCUUAGUGCUGUACAGGGUCACAUGGAUGAAGAUGUCCAGGCUGCUUUACUACAGAUCAUUCAAAUGAGACAGGGACUUGUUUGCUGAUAUGCUUGGUGCCAUUGCUCUUGAAGGCUGCUGCAGCUUGUAGGAGUGCUGUGAUUACGGUAGUGAUAACCUUUGUGAGAUCUAUAUUGUUUUGAUAUUAUAACUGUAAUUGGAAUUCCUGAAAGUUACUCCAAACAGCUUACAAAGCCAAAAUAUUUUCUUCCAGAGCAGUAAAGUAGAGCUACUAAGUCUCAGAUCUGACACUUCUAUCAAUAGAUUGAUAAAAGAUGUAGAACAUACUUUAAAGUUGGUGUACAAGCUGACUGUCAAAAUGAUGACAUGGUAGUUAAAUAAUUUUAAUGUCUGAUUGACCACUUCUUAAAACAAGACCUAUUUCCAGAAACUCUAUUUUAUCCUAUAACUUGAACUCUUGUGGUAUGGUUGAAAAUAAAUGGUGUUCAAUUGAGCUUGGCUAAGUAUUGUAGCUGUAUAACUCUUAACUAAAAGAGUGGGUAUUUUGUUUGUAACUUGAGCUGAUUGUGACUAUUACAACAUGCUUAGUAAGUCAGCUGCAAAGCUAGAUGGAAGAUAUUUGGAUAUGUGCUGUAACUUGGCUGGCCAAGUUAUAGGCUUUGUUUAAUAAACUUUAAGAUGUAGCGUCUUUUGCUUUUUUAUAAGACUUAAAAAUUGGGUUUUCCAUCAAAACACUAACCUUUGUCCCCUCCCCAAGAGACUUAAUGAAUUCUUUGUAAUAUUGAUUACUGUAGGCUGCAGUAGUAGGACUGGAAUGUCAUGGUUUGUAGAGCAACAGUUUGAUCUAAACGCAAUAGUUCAAGAUGAACAUAAUUUCGUUCUUCGUUAGGUGUAAUAUGGGCAUAGGCCAAGCAGCUCAGUAAGCUGUACAUGAGAUAAUUCAAUUACUGCAUUUUCAAACACUCUUUCAUGAAAAAGUUCAAGGUAUUUUCCUCUUAACUGUAAAUUAUGUACUAUAAUCUGAUUAUUUAUGGGAAAGAUGCAAAUAGUAUGAUUAAUGAAAUGAGAAUUUUUAUUUGCUUGGAAUUUACCUGUUAAAACAAGGUUUCACUUUUUUUAACUGAAGGAUGGUAUUUCCAUAGGUAAGUUUCCUAACAGAAAAUAGGGAAUCUGGGACUAUCCAAAGUAAUGCAGAAGUGAGCCUAAUAAUGUAUGCUGGUGUUUUAAUACUGCAAACUGUAAGUGCUCUCAGUAGCCCUGUUAACUUCAUGCUACUUAGCUGAAAGCACUUGUUUAUAACAAGCAAACAAGAACCUGACAGCCUGAAGCAGGGAAGACAAAGCUGCCUUCUCCAUGCUCUCUGAAAAAUAAAGACUGAAGUUUAGAGUGCUGAGUUCUCUGCUUCACAUUCAUUGGGCUUCCCAACAAGCUCUGCCUCGUUGGUUUAGGUCUUCAUUUUCAGCGAUGUUAUGUUUUUCCUUUUGUGUCCCUUUUUGGGCAGAGUCACAGAGAAUUGAAGAGACAACUGCCACAAAGAGGAGGAUGCGUAAAGUGAUGAAUAUGUAGGACAGUUAUAUUAUAUAAAUACACUUAAUAUAUUUACUAAAUAUGUCUGUAGUACAACAGAUCUACUGCUGCUUUCCUUUAGUUUCUUAGAGGACUAUUACAGAAAGCAUCUCAGUACGUAUGCAUUAUUUUUUAGCCAAAUUCUUUUAUGAUUGCAUUACUUGAAACUCUUAUUAGAGAGAAAUAGAUUGUUUUGAUAUACUAACUCUGGCAUAUUUUGAUAUUGUAUGUUUCCUUACUGAGGGAGUUCUAUGUAUGUUUUUCUAAAUUUCUCCCGUAUUACAUUAUUAAUAAAAUGUUUUCUUCUUUUUA